CGCCGCCGCCCCGCUCCGCGCCUUCCCCUCGCUCCCGCGGCGCCCGGAGCGCGGAGGCCGCACCGGGAUUAGGUUGGUACUAAGAAGUGCCUUUCCUGACGUCGCUGCUGCUUGGGACCGCUUCUAGAGCAGCCGCUGCUUUUGCCUUGCUUGCUGCCAGCUAGACUGCGACGACAGCGCUCCGCCGCUGCCAGCCCCGCGCCCGCCGGGAGGAGGGUCCGGCGCCGCUCCCCCGCCGCCGCUGCACUGUGCACUAAAGUGUGCCGCGAAGGUCAGAGCUCUGCUGCCCGAAGGCCGAGGAGAGGAGGAGAAAAACCCCGGCCCAAACCCGGUGUCGGUCGUUGCUCUAAACUGCUGCAUCUGUCUAUGCCAAACUAAUCGAUCCCGAUUGCACCGCAGAGCCCGCUGCGAGCCCGCUGCCUGGAGGCGCCCGCCAGCCACCGUCCCCGGGAGCGGCCGGGGAAGCGCAGCCGGAGCCCGCCACGUUCCCAUGCUUGCACUCAGGACGGGAUGCUGAGCGCGCGGGGCUAGUCCCGGCCACGCUCCCGCAGGCGCACCUGGCCGGCGCUGCCGGCCUUCCCGAGCCCCGCUAACGGUGCUCUGAACUCCGGUGACACAGCUCUUCCUCGGGAUAGCGGCCACCCGGUUUUACACGUACUCAUUUUAAAAUAGGGAGCGGGGGAAAAAAAAACGAAAAAAAAAAAAAAAAAAAGUGUUCUGGAGGUGGCACUUUUCAUCAUUUCCAGUUUAUCGGUUCAGCUACUCGUUUGCCCGUUUUUAUUGGAAAUUUUAACUACCUGUAAAAUCUAAAGAUGGCUGUUAGCGUCACACCGAUCCGGGACACAAAAUGGCUAACGCUGGAAGUGUGUAGGGAGUUCCAAAGGGGGACUUGCUCGCGACCAGACACGGAAUGUAAAUUUGCACACCCGUCGAAAAGCUGCCAAGUUGAAAACGGACGUGUAAUCGCCUGCUUUGACUCAUUGAAAGGUCGAUGUUCAAGGGAAAACUGCAAGUAUCUUCACCCACCACCACACUUAAAAACGCAGCUGGAGAUCAAUGGCCGCAAUAACCUGAUCCAGCAGAAGAACAUGGCCAUGCUGGCCCAGCAGAUGCAGCUCGCCAAUGCCAUGAUGCCUGGAGCCCCGCUGCAGCCCGUGCCAAUGUUUUCCGUUGCACCGAGCUUAGCCACCAAUGCGUCAGCCGCCUUCAACCCCUACCUGGGGCCCGUGUCUCCAGGCCUGGUCCCCGCCGAGAUCCUGCCCACGGCCCCCAUGCUGGUGACAGGGAACCCCGGGGUGCCCGUUCCUGCCGCCGCCGCCGCCGCCGCCCAGAAGCUGAUGAGGACAGACAGGCUGGAGGUGUGUCGAGAGUACCAGCGCGGGAACUGCAACAGGGGAGAGAACGACUGCCGGUUCGCUCACCCCGCCGACAGCGCCAUGAUCGACACCAACGACAACACGGUCACCGUCUGCAUGGAUUACAUCAAAGGGAGGUGCUCCCGGGAAAAGUGCAAAUAUUUUCACCCUCCUGCACACCUGCAAGCCAAGAUCAAGGCUGCCCAGUACCAGGUUAACCAAGCUGCAGCUGCCCAAGCAGCAGCGACUGCAGCUGCCAUGACUCAGUCGGCUGUCAAAUCACUGAAGCGACCCCUCGAGGCAACCUUUGACCUGGGAAUUCCUCAAGCUGUACUUCCCCCCUUACCAAAGAGGCCUGCGCUUGAAAAAACCAAUGGUGCCACCGCAGUCUUUAACACUGGUAUCUUCCAAUACCAGCAAGCUCUUGCCAACAUGCAGUUACAGCAGCAUACAGCCUUUCUCCCACCAGGCUCAAUAUUGUGCAUGACACCCGCUACAAGUGUUGUUCCCAUGGUGCACGGUGCUACGCCAGCCACUGUGUCUGCAGCAACAACAUCUGCCACAAGUGUUCCCUUCGCUGCAACAGCCACAGCCAACCAGAUACCCAUAAUAUCUGCCGAACAUCUGACUAGCCACAAGUAUGUUACUCAGAUGUAGACAUUUGGUCAUCAAACAAUGGUAUCGGAGGCGAAGAGGCCGGAUUUGGGAGGGAAGAGGCCGAGCUCAUUAGCCAUAGCGUUUGUAAAUACUGUCCAGCAGCACCGGGAACCCCUCAGCAGUGACAUCACACAUUGCAUGUUAACGAGACGAAGCGAGGCCGUGGGACUCCACUGCACACUGUUGCCUAUCUACUUUGUACAUUGAAUUGAUAUUUGUGCUGAGGUGAUCUUGUUGUCUAAGCCCGCAGCACCGUCCGCCUUUCCCUUGCCCGCUGCCCGCACCACGGGCGGCGCCAGGAAAGGCCGACGAUGCUGGAACCCGAAAUCUAUUAUGUAUUGGUACGUCUGUAGACCAAGAUAUAAUUUUUUAAAGUAAGUUUAUUUCUUUCAAGGUUUACAAAUAACGAAGGUGCACCUUGUAUUUAAAAUUGCCAUUAUAGACGAGAGCGUGCAUGCACAGUAAUUUUUGUUUAAGAGUAAUAUUUUUAAUGUAAUAGAUUGUAGGAAAUGAGAAGAGAGGAAUCUGACAGAGAUGAAUGUGCCAAGCGAAACCACAACUGUGUAUAUUUUAAAGCACAUCAAUGGCUUUAAGUACCACGUUGUUAAGGAUUCUCAUGAAGUGCCAUAGACUGUACAUCCAUCAGAGUAUUAUUUCUGCAGUGUUACUUUCAGAACCACGUUUUCACUGACUUGAUGAGUACUGAUCAGUCGAAGGGCACCGUUCUGUUUCAAACCAAAGCUGUCUCAGAAAUGGCCAAUUGCUCCUCACAGCCAGCGGGCAGCACCAGAGAGAUGCUGCGGCCGUGCAAAACCCUUCUGGACAAUGUUACCUAUAAACUCUCCCAAGGCGUUGUGUGUCAUAUUUAUGCAUAUUUACUGUGUAAGGUGAGCUGCGAAAGGGAAAAGCCAUUUCUGAGACACGGAAACAAAUGUUUGAGGAACUUCUUUUGCUCUAUUUAUAGCCUCUGUCGCCAGUCACAAGGACUAUAAAUGUUUUGCAGAGAUGGGUUUCACUUUAAUUCAUCAAGUCCCGCAUCUGCGGUGACUCUAAACAAAGACGCAGAAGCACUGACAGCAAGAUGCAUGACAAACCAAAAUAGGACAAACGAGAUGUUAAUUAGUGUAGAAAUUGGGUGGGUUAAUACUCGGGUGAGUUUUAUAUGUGAUUUUUUUCGUUCAGAUUAACUGCUUAUAGCCUUAGAAAGCCUUUACAAAAUAAAAACAAAAACAAACAAAUAGAUGUGCAUUCAAGUUUUAAGAAUGGAUUCAUCCAAAGGAAUUCCUUUUUGUGGUUUGGAUGUUGCAGCCAGUAAAGGAUAUUUUUGCUCUGUUCAGCCAGGGGCUGCCUGGGGCCAGGCCCCGGGCGGGCAGCGAGGGAGAGGCGCGGGUUCGGUUGUAGAACUCGCCAUACUCCGAGUUUACUGCGAGUUUUUAUGCUUGAGAGAGAUGCUUUAUAGAUAAGAAUGAUGUGUUGAUUUUCCUGAUUGUACUGUACAUCUAUUAAAGCCUUAGAUUAUUACAUUACGGGUUAAAACCCAUACCAAUGUAAUUUCAAUCGUGUUAAGAAAGUAUAGGUGACUUCACAUGUUAUUGUAGUGACUUACCAUAGAGAAUUUACUUAUUUUUUUCUUGUUAAAAGUGUAGUUUUUAUUUCUUACAUUUAUUAGCUCGUUUUCAUUUUCUAUUACCAGUUGAUACCAUUUCAGUUCAUAGAAUUUUGUUUUAUUAGAGUUUACCGAUGACUUUUUCAAAAUACAAAAAAAAAAAAAAAGUAGUUUUCUUCAUAACAUACUCAGUUUCGAGUCUACAUGUAGUGUCUUAUGAGUACUCGUAUUAUUGUUAACUAAAUGAUUUCUAUUUUACUGAUCUAAUAUGACAAUGUAAGAAUGUCAGUCAUUGUUAGUUCUUGUCUAGUUUUCAUUAAAAGAACAAAGAUCUUUUAUAUGGAUAUCUUAUAAUUAUAUAAUCAUUGCUAAGUAAGAAGUUAAGUUGUUGCUAUGGCAACAAUCCUGGCAGACAAUUGAGUAAUAUUUUGAUGAUUUAUUUUGUUUGUAAUUAGUUAUUAUGAGAAAAAAAAAAAUCUAGUUCCUAGAUAUUAGAAUAAAAUUUAUUUUCUACUGUAUCCAUUUCAAAUGUUAAAAUAUUGUUUAAAUAUUUUUUGAAAUCCCUGAAUAUCAGGCCUUGUUAUAAAUAAGCUGCAUAAUCAAUAGAUCAAGGGACUUUUUGUUGAUAAUCCAAAUACUCAAAGUUUACGUAACAAGAAUUUUAGUGUGCGUGUGCAAACUCUUGAGGGUUGAUUAUGCUGCAGUUGGGACGUCGAGAGCGAAGGUUGACUUUUUGCACUUCUGUAUAUAGUCAAAAAAGAGAGAAACCUGUAUAAUAGUAAGAUCUUAUUUUGAAUAAAAAUGUCUAUAAUUACAAGGAGUUUUGUUAAGGCUAAAUAAAAUGACAGGCUGAACAAAAUUGCUUGCAAAAGUGGCACAGAGUUAGCACUCCAUCCCCCUUCCAAAAAGUUGCUUUGCUUUAUGUGGACAGCUUGUAGUUUGCCAGGAUUUUUUCAGCUGGAAAGAUCUGCCAUCCUUCCGAGAUCUCAUGACUGACAGAAGCUCCACUGGGUCAAAUCUGCCUUAAAAUAAUUAAUAAAAAAAAAAAAGGAAAAAAAGAAAAAAAAAAAAAGAAAAAAAAAAAAAGGAGGUACUUCAGCCCAUCCAGGGAAUCAUGGCUCAGAUAUUCCGUACAUUAUUCAAAAUCUACUGCAUGUUUAAAGUAUCAAAAUAUAUUAAAGAUAUAUGCUAUUCAAACCAGUUUCUGACAAUUUCAGUGGUUUCUUGUUCACAAAAAAAAAAAAAAAAAAAGAUUCUUCAAAACAAAUACUGACGUUCACAGAGUUCAACCAUGGACAGGCAAACGGAACAGCACCCGUAGCUGUAGGUAGGGGAUUUUUUCUCGCUGUAGUGGUCCUGUUCUUUUAGCAGGUGAAAAACAUCCUGGGAGAUGUUCCCUUUUCACGGAAAGCGUUGCAGGAGCCUGGGCAUCCUGGAGCAGGCGUGGGGCCGGGAGCUCACAGCAAUCAGUAAUUAACUAACGAGCUGCGCUCUGCAGCCCCCGCUUCAUCUGCUGGAGGGACGGGCGCGCUUGGGUUUGCUCCUACGUAACCACAGACUUACUUUGGCUUGUAGUUGCUCAGUUAUGUACUCUGUCCUGGGCUGCAAUUUGGGUUUAUGCUUAUUUUAUUAUUACUGCUAUAGUUGACCUUGCUGUAUGGAAAAAAAUAAAGUGAAAUUGCCCUAAUAAAA